UGUUCGAGUCGGACGUGUGCGCGCUAAAGUAUCGUGGUGGAAAAAGUGUGUGAUAAGUGCAAAAUAAGCUGAAACGCGCAUGUGAGAAAUCAAAUUUAAUUGAGAAGCAUAAAACCGUAUACAUACAUAUCCAGAGCCACGCAAGUGUUUGUGUGCGUGUGUGUUUGUGAGAGAUUUUCUCCGUGAAAAAUGCAAACUGAAUGAAAAUCAAGCCAACAAAUUGGAAAUUGGAAAAAUAUUCUAACACAUUGGGGACAACCAGAGUUGUCUCGAAAAAGACAGAAGAACAAAGCCGCAUCAGAGUGAACUGCGUCGAGCGGGCAAACCAGCAGCAGAAGCCACAAGGAGAAGAACCAGAGCUCGUUACACUGAUUCGCGCGGCAGGGAAUGGUAUAUUUCUUGGGGGAUUGGGGCAUGGGAGAUUCUGACUUGUCGUCAUAUCAGCAGCAUGUUCCAAAUAUACAGCAGCAACAGCGCAUCCAUGGACGUGAUCUACAUCAACAGCAGCAACAGCAGCAACAGCAACAGCAGCAGCAGCAGCAGCAGCAACAGCAGCAGCAGCAGCAGGAACUGGUUGCCCAAAUCUCCACCAGCCUAAGCCAGUUGCAGUCUCAGCUGCAGUUCGCCAGCGGCUCCAACUUCCUACAGCAGCCAGGCUCCACGGCAACGUCGCUGCAGCAGCACCAUGUUGUUGGCCCAAGGAGCACUAGCACCUGCACCAGCACAAGCAGCAGCCUGGUAACCGCCAAUCUCCAGCAGCUGUCGGUGAGCAACAGCAACACCAGCAGUUCCAGCAGCACUGUCAGUGGCAGUGGCAGUGGCAGUGGCAGUGGAAGUGGCAGCAACAACAACAUCAGCAGACAGCUACAGCAGCAGCCAUUGCUGGACACAGUAGCUGCUUCAGACGGAGCGUCCGUCGACGGCAAGCCAAAGCAAGCCUCCUCUCUGCUCGGCAAGGAUUCCCUCGAAAAUGAAGAUGAAGUGGCGCUGCAUCCGCUCUCCAAUCAGGUCGGAGGACACACUCGCCUGUUGCUGCUCAACCAGUCGACGGUGAUCAAGCCCCUGAACUUGCGGGAGUUGGACUUCUACCAGAACAUUCCGCAGGACAUACUGAAGUUUGUGCCCAAAUACAAAGGCGUCAUGCAAGCCACCAGCAUGGGAGGCAUUAAGCUGGACAAGCGAUACUCGCCCAGUUUCCGGGAUGACGCGGCCGCCGUGCCCGUCCGCAAGAUGAGCGCCUCCAAGAGGAAGCGGGACGAAGUGCUUAGAAUGAAGGUCCACAAGAACGGCAACGCAGCCGAUGUGAUCAAGAGCAUCUCCCAACUUGACAACUCCAACAAGCAAUACUUCCUUAUGCUCGAGAACAUCACCUCGCAGUUCCGCAAUCCCUGCAUUCUCGACCUGAAGAUGGGCACCCGCCAGCACGGGGACGACGCCUCGGCGGAGAAGCGCUCCAAGCAGAUGGCCAAGUGCGCGGCAAGCACAUCGGGCUCCCUAGGUGUACGCCUCUGCGGCAUGCAGACAUACCAGGCCGAUCUCGAGCAGUAUGCCAAGCGGGACAAGUACUGGGGCCGGGAACUGAAAGAGGAUGGCUUCAAGAAGGCCCUUCAUGAUUUCUUCUACAACGGCUUCCGGCUGAGGAUCCGCGUGAUCCGCAAGAUCCUGCAGCGACUGCUCCAGAUGCGCAGAGUUAUUGAGAAGCAGUCCAGCUACAGAUUCUACUCCUGCUCCCUGCUCAUUGUCUACGAGGGCUUCGAGGAGAAUCCGAUGGCCUACCCUCCAUCGAUCAGCCUGGAUGAGUGGCCGGAGGCCCCCAAGUCGGCGACCAUCGCGACAACGGCCUUCGACUAUCAUCCGGAGAACAGCAUAGAUGAUGACGACAUCGAAGACGAGGACGAGGCGGGAAAUGAGGCAGGCGACGAACUGGAGUCCCAUGACACGGAUGAGGACCUGCACCUGGUAGCUGCUGACAGCGGCAAUGCCUCGGCCACUAAUAGCAGCACGGGUGGAGAUGCCUGCAACUACGAUGCUGAUGCAUCGAACGAUUCCAGCGGUCUGCUGAAUCUGGCCACUCGUCGCCAUCUGCACAAGCGCGGUUUUGGGGAAGCAGCGGCCCGAGGGGUCAAGCAGUCGUCGGCCAUCAUUACCACCACCGACGAGGAAGAGGAUGAGGAGCAGGCGCACCCGGCUGCUAUGCCACCGCCACGAAGCUGUGGCGUCACGGCUGCGAAAUCAGCGGGCGCCAAGGGUCAGAGCAGCAGUGUGCAGCCCGCACCCGCAUUCAUUCCAAUUUCCGAAGAGACAGUAUUCCUGGAUCCAGAGCCAGCUUUGCCCAACGUGGCCACCUCAUCGCCACAUUCCGGUGACUCCUGGAUGAACUACAGCAGCAACAGCAGCGAUGACUUCUCCGGCCUGUCCGAGCAGAUCAAGGCCGUGGCCAGCGGUCGACAAACAUGCAACAACAGCUCUGACGAUGCCAGUUCCGACUAUGAGGGCAGCGUCAUUGGAUCCACAGAGGCCAUGUUUAAGCGCUACAAAUCGUUCGAUGCGGCAUCAGCAGGCACCGGAACUGAGCCAACGUCUCCUCCACACACUGCCGGUAACUCGAGUGUCUCCAACGGCGGCACCGUCAAGUCUCUGGUUUCACCCGCCUCCUCCAGCGCCUCGUCCCUCAAAUCGGUAAAGGGAGCUGUCAAGCGUCUGCGCUGCAAAGACGACGACGAACAUUAUGCUGCCCACGAUGACUGCGACUCCAGGGAGGCCAAAAAGUCUACGAUCACCUCGACACCCGUCUCCACCGUCUCGUCGCCCGCAAAGACGGCCCCGCAGCGCAGCUGUGAGAACAUUGCGAACUCCAUGAUGGCAGGCAUACUCUUGGAUUCGCUGGAGCGUCGUUCCAGUGGCAGUGGCAGUGGGAGUGCCGGUGCUGAGGGGGAGAACAACAACAGUGGUGGCAUUGAGCCGCCACAGCGUAAUUCUGCACUGCUUCAGCAUGGCUCCAAGUCGCUGGACAUGUCGGCGCCACCCACAGACGACUCGCAGUGCUUUGUGGACGUUCGCCUCAUUGACUUUGCUCACACAGCGUUUGUGCCACGCAAUGGCAGCAUGCUACCCACUCCGCCCGUGGCCCCCGUUCACCAUGGACCUGACGGCGGCUUUCUCACCGGCCUGGACAGCCUCAAUCGACUGCUCAAUGAGAUACUGGCAGAGGACAGGAUCUAGACAGAGUUCGGGGAAAAGAAGUGAAAAGAAACAGGGAGUGGAAACUAGAGCGGAGAAAGGAACACAAGUUAAAAGUACAAUUUAAUUUCAAAAUACCUAAAUUGUUGUAGCAACAUGUGUUAAAUUAUGAAACAAAAUCAACUAAUCUUUAGAAAUUCGAAAUGUGAUUCAAAAGAAACCUAUUUAACCAGAUAUAGCCCCCCAAAAUGAAUGGAACCUCUUUUAACCUAUAACCAAGCAUAACCUUAAGAGCAGAGCAGAGAUUGGAAAAGAUUUGGUCCCCCUUGAUUUUUCAAAGCAUUUGCCAGCAAAGAACCCAACACACUACAAAAAUGAAAAAAAAAAACCAUAAAAAACGCUUCCAAAAGUAGAUGAAAUGUUUAUAGAUUGAUAGAUUGAUUGAAUGUUCGUGCUUUCUGCAUUUCCAGAUCAGAAUUAAGCUUAAAAGUGUUCGAUGGAACUGAAUAUGAUUUAACCGUUUGUGAGAAUUCUUUAUGAAUAUACACCUAUAUAUGUAUUGUAUUUUAAGAGUGAUUAAGGGGCAUGCGGAUCAUGCGUUUUUGUAACUAGCUUUUACAAUACAAUGCAAAAUGACAAACCAACAAGAGUGUAAGGAACAGUAUUUCGUUAUACGAGAAUGUAUCUAUUGUAUGCUUUAAACCGAUUUCCUUUUUCCAAUGGUAGUGACAGUGUUUUAAAGUGAAGGAGUUCAUCUAUUAAAAUAACCACAAACACAAUGUAUAAGUUAAUUAAAAGAAUCGCUAUUAAUAUAUAUGUAAAUCCUGCAAAUAUUACUAUUA